AUCUGUGAGGUUGCACCGUUGUCCAAGGAGACAGAGGUUUUUCUCUAUCUGCCCUUCAUUACACAAAGGAGCAGGUGUUGCACUUUUCAUUUUUUCAUGCCCUCGGCUCUGCUCCCGAAUCCAGGGCAAGAGAAGCAAUGGCUAUGUCUGGAAUGCCCCUUAAUACCCUCCCCGGAGAUGGAGCAUGGGUUUCACACUUAUCGGAGAAGAUACAGAAGGUGACUAUGAACAGGAUUCUAGUCUGAUCUCAGAAGAAAAAAGAGAAGACGAUGUGGAACAAGAUUCCAGUCUCUUCGGAGAAGAGGAAGCAUCAGAGAAUGAAGAAGAUGGUGAACCAUUAGUGAAACUGACUGAAGAUGAGCUGAGUAGUAAUGGGAUCAUACUCACAAAUGGCAUACAGGAGUGGCCAGAUGGUUCCAGUUACAAAGGAGAAUUUGGGUUUGAUCUAAAGCUUGGUUUUGGAGAAUUCUCAUGGAUCAAUGGUGAGAAGUAUGUGGGGCAGUUUUACAAGGACCAUCGUCAUGGCAAAGGGGUGUACUUUUGGCCGGACAGCUCCAAAUUUACUGGAUCAUUUUAUCUUAGCCAUAAGGAAGGAUAUGGGACCAUGGAAUUCAAGGAUGGCAGAAACUAUCAGGGACUAUACAAGGCAGAUGAGCGGUUUGGACCAGGAGUUCAGAGCUAUCCAGAUGGCUGUCAAGAUGUUGGCUUGUGGCUGAGGAAUCACAUAAUUAAACUGUGUACUGAAAUACCUGGCCAUUUUUCUUUCUUGGAUUAUCCAGAACACUCCAGCUAUUUUGAUGCUGUUUCCCAGAAAGAAUAUCUUUCUGAGAAGGAAAUUCCAUUUUGGGAUCUGAAUGAGGAGAAGGAUCCUUUUUUCUACAACUACAAACGUCUCCUUUUAGAUGACAGUUAUACAUUGCCUGAAAAAAUGUACAUAUACUCAACUGAUACGGAUCAUCUUCCCCUGACUUGCACCUUCCGUAAAGAAUUUGAUUCCCAAUAUUUUCAGAAAAACAAACAGCUGUAUGAUGAGGAACCAUGGCCUGUUAAAAACAGAACCCCUCUAAUGGUUAGAAUGCAGAAGCACAUGUAUAAAUACAGGCAUUGUCAAAGAGAGAUCAGUUGGGAUAUCAACGCCAUUCUGAAUGGAAGUCGAGAUACCUUUGGCCCCAAAGGCCCCAAAGAGCUUGCUUCAGAGCAGCUGAUUCAGAAGGCAGCAGCGGGAAACUUCAGUAGUAUCUAUGAGAUUCUGAGGGACAACUUAGCUCACCCAGAUGUAGCGGACACACAUGGAUACACUGCACUUGCAGCUGCUGCUGUGAAUUACCAUGAAGACAUCAUUAAUCUUCUUCUUGAUAAUGGAGCUGAUGUGAACAAAUGCAGUGAUGAAGGAUUAUCAGCUCUCUCCAUGUGCAUCAUUCUUUAUUACCCAAUAGAGUCAUUUAAGGCCAACAUUGCUGAGAGGAACUUUAAAAAAGACGAGGAUGAGCUGUCGGAAGAUGUAUCUCCAUCACUUGAACCAACCAAAGAGACAUGUGUAACAGACACCGUUCAUCAGUCAGUUCUGAGCACUUCUAAGUCUGGGGAAAAGGCAGAGUCUGUUUUCGAUGAUGGAAACACAUUGGAUGAAGUGGACUAUGCAAGUUUUGAUCAGAUGACUGUCCACAGCUCUGAAACCAGCUUUGAGUCGAACAAUUCUGUUUACAACUAUGGAAUCAAGGUUUCUCUAAAAGCUUUGCAGCAGAGUGCAGAAGCCUUUAGCCAGUGUUUCCUGAAAGUGUCCUCCUACUCCCAUCUCAAUAGGCAUGACGGAACUGAAGGCACCAUGAGAAAAAUGGCGUUAUCAAUAUCCGAAUACCAAAAGAGAUGGACCACGGUCAAACUCCUUCUCCGCCGAGGUGCAGACCCCAAUGUUUGCCAGAUCCCUCUGCAUGUCCUCUUCUUUGCUGUUAAAGCUGCAGAUGUAGGAGCAGUGAAACUAAUGUUAUCAUCAGGAGCAAGGACUGACAUACGACUUCCAUCGAGGCUGGGAGGUUUAAUGCCUCUUCAUAUUGCUGUAGCCAUUCCUGGUGAAGAAGGAGUCAAGAUAACAGAAUUAAUCCUUCAUUCAGCUGCAGAGCCUGAUGCAAAGGCAGAAGAUGAAGAUGAGGUGUAUGCACCAGACUGGGAUGAGCCUGCUGAAUCACCAGUUAUUAUUGCCAUGAAACUUAAUAACGAAACUGGACCGCCUACAGAAUACUACUCAUCUUCUCGUCUCGUCCCAGAGGAAGGUGGGAGGACUCCUUUGCAUAUUGCCUGCGAGAGAGAGGACAACCCCAAGCAUGUCAGAGAUGUUGUCCGCCUCCUCUUAACUCAUAAGGCAAAUCCUAACACCUUGUGGAGUGGCCAUUCACCACUUUCUCUGGCAAUUGCCAGUGGGAACGACUUGGCGGUGACAGAGCUCUUGGCGUUUGGCGCUGACCCCAAUCUUCCAUUAAGCAAAGGCUUAGGUAGUGCCCUUUGUGCUGCUGUCAGUACUACAUAUGAACAAAAGAGGACCACAGCAAACAGGAUUUUAUUGGUUGAUAAGCUAAUUGAGGCUGGUGCAGAUAUGCUGAUGCCAAUUACACUUAGCCAGGGAAGGAGAACUGCCGUGGGAACUGUAGUAGACUAUGCAUAUUAUAAAUACUUUCAGGAUAAGAAGAUAGCCCAUACCCCAUACCAUGCACUAUUGCCGCCAGAGCGGGAGAUUUUCAAUGCGCGCAGGGAGCUGCUAGAUUAUAUUAGUGACCGGCUUCGUGAGUGUGUUGCCCGGAAAGAGAAAGAAUGGAAUAGAGAAGAACUUCGGAAAUCCAGGAAAUUAGAUGCAAGUUCUCGUGGUCCCUCAGCUAGAAGGAAACGUACGGAGAAGCGUGUUGCAGUUACACUAGACAAGGAGGAAGUGAGGCAGCCCUUCUUUAAAUACUGCUACCAGUGUGGGCGGGCAGUAGGGAUUCGCCUCACUCUCUGCACGCGCUGUUUUGAGAUCUUCACUUGCAGCAAGUCUUGUAAAGUCAAAGCGUGGAAUGAGCGUCACAAGCGUGAGUGUGUUGUAGCUACAGGUGAUUCACCCUUAAUGGACUCUGACCAAGACAGCCUACAAUCUGAGGUGGAUGGAAAGCGUCAACUUAAGACGAAGUCAGGCAUUUCAAGAGGUCAGCAGAGUCCCAAUGGCAGAAAGGCAAGAGAUGGAAGUGGCAGAAAAGAAGCCUUCAGGAAAGAUGACAAGAAAGGCAAAGUACAGGCAACCAACGAGGACACACGUCCAAAUCUUCCUUACACUGGGAAUUACAGUUACAAUUAAUCCUCCAAUACAAAAACAUGAGCAUGUUGAGUAAGCUGACCUGGCAUCACUUGCCUUGAUCUAAUAUGUGCUUUUCAAACAAGAAACACUAGCAUUCUAGUGACAUGGUUGUGAUGACAGCUUGGACAUCCUCAGUCAUUUUCUAGGGAUCUUCGCUUUUAUUUCAAAUAGUGAUUAGUAUCUACAGUUAGACAUGUAACUUAGAGAGCUGGAUGGUAAAAUGACGACUGUGAAGGGUAAGACUUUUUAGGAACUAUUUAUGUCACUGAAAUAGUAUCUGGAAUUUGAGUUUAUUGCAUCACUCAUCAACUCCAUGCAAAGUUCAUGUUCCUUUAGCUUUAAUUUCCAUUUAAUCACACUGUGAUUAGUGCAGGGCAACUUGGCUGUUACUUAAUCGACUGACCAAACCUUCUGAAAGCAGAUUACACUCUAAAAAGCAUGUAGCAUUUUGUUUUUAAAUUAAAAGCCCUGAGGGUUGGACACACACAAAUUAAAGAGAACUUUUAGGAUGAUGAUCAGAGGUGGAGAAAACCCCGCUCCUGUUCAGGUCAGGGGAUGGAGGAGUUGGGGGUAUGUGCUCAUGUGGCAGGCAGAGGUCACCACUUGGAAAAGAAGGCAAGGUUCUGGUUUAGGUGCCCAGCUUUUAGAAGUUCUGAGUAACUGCAACUCAAAUUGGAUCCAGUUGGGGAAGUAAAUAUAGGUCCUCAGCACCUCCCAAAGGCCUGUAUUUAUGUGCCUGCCUGUAGACACCCAUUGCCAGCAUACAUAAAGGACCAGAAUGCCAUUCCUCACACCCUGUGACUGGCAUAGGGAUGUAACAGAGAGCAGGAGCUGAGCCUAGGACUGUGGAUAGUUUAAGAAUGUUGAUUUCCCAAUAUCUGGCCUACCAGUAGCCCAUUUGCAAAGGGGUGGGGUGGGUGUAGGGAGAAAGGGCGGUGUUCAUAAGUUACACAAUUAGCUAUAGAAAAUGUUUUUUCAUUUUCCCAUUUCUUUUCUAGGGGUAGUUAUUUUAAAUAGUAAAGCACGACAGAGAGCAUUUACAGGAGAUAUAUUUCUGAGAUGACUGAAUUACAGUUUUUAUAAAUACUGGCCUUUGUAGAGAACCCAUGCAUACAUAUGUAUUAGUUUUAUAGAAUGUAGAUUUCAGCUGUUUAGUGCUGUGUCUAUAAAGUAGAAUCUAAACUCCUGUAAAUGACAGAUUUUGGUAUUUACUAAGUAAACUGAUAAGUUUUCUAGAGACAAGACAUUGUUUAUUUUCUUUGGGAAAAAGUAGGAAGGGGGCCUGGAAUUCUUAAGGUGCCAUUUACUUCCAGUGAUGUGCACAACUUCUGUCCUUACCUAACUACCAGAAGUGUGGGGAUAACCCCUUUGGAAGUGUUAUCAAGUUAAACAACCUCUGGGAACUGUGUAUAUAGAAAAACAAAACCUGUGUCGACAUCAUUUCAUUCAAAGGGAGCACGGUGGUGGGUUAUUUAAUUCAGAAAAGCUCUUCAUUGGGACCAGAAUACUUUUUUUGUUAACUUUUCAAGAAGCAGUAUUUUGAGUGCAAAAGUGAAUAAUUAACAUGAUGCUUUAUGGUUACAGAUAUUUAGGGGUUUUUUUUAAAGCUUUUUCUCCUUUAUUAUACCUUCCCUGGUCUCUCUCUUUCUGGCUUUCACACUAACAAUCUUUAGUUUAUUAACUUUAUAAAAUGUCAUCAAAGAGAUUUCAUCUUGUUUUUAUGCAUCUCCCAUGCCUAGAGUUGACUGCUCUACAUCAUACAUGUUUGAGCAUGUGAACUCACAGUGGCUAUGCUAUAUCAUGGUAAUGGAUAAACGAAGGACUGAUACUGGAGCUAGUCAGAUAAAAUGUAGACGACACAAAACUGAUUUGUAACAGUAGGACAAAUAUAGAUGUAAGUCUCCAGCCUUUUUAUUUAUACAAGGAUUCAAAGAACAUAUUUCAACUUUAGAUAAACAGUGCAAGAUAGUUACAAGUACCUUGGUAACAGAAAGAAAUAUAUAAUUGGCCAGCAAUGCCAAUAAGUGAAAUAAGUCUUAAUCCUGCAGAUAGAAAUGCAUUUUUAAAGCAAAGUUGUAUGUAGAAUAUUUGUUAUACCUUAUCUCCCCUACCAAGCCCACCAGAAAACAAUAGGUUGUUUGUCAUUUGUAAAAUGAUAAAUAUCUGUGGUCUCAAAGCCUCUAACGAUCCCACUCUUAGCUAAAACAUACAAAUUAUGGCACAAAAGAGCAAGUUUGAAGACAGAGAUGACUGUAAAUCCACUACACCAUUUUUCUGGUUCUCUACUUUGCAGGGAUGUGAGUGUUUAAUUAUUCAGAUAAGAACAUGAAAAUGAACAAACCCCAAGUAUUUUUUCCUUAUCAGAACACUGAGAAUCACCAUCUUGCUAACACAGAAGUGAAUGGUCCUAUUUCCUCUUCCCCUCCCAAAGCAGCAAAUCCAAAGUAAAUCAUACUCCCUUGAUAUGGGAUAUAGUAUGGCCCUUAAUGAAAGGACUCCCCCAGGGCCGGGAACAGUGUGUCAGUGCUUUCACUAGGCUGGCAAAUACAUGCUAAAGAGAUUUUUUCCCCCUCUUCCAUUGCAUACAGCAAUGGGUGCCUAAAUAGUUAUAAACUAUUUACUGUAGUGCUCAUAUUUUAAUAUUUUUUUUAAAAAUCUACUCUAAUGCCCUUUUCACAUUUGUUUUCCAUUCUCCCUCAGCAACUGGGUUAGGUGCUGCAUAAGAGCAGUCUUAUUUUAUACGUACAACGGCAAAAAAUUGCUUGAUCGUUGUCUUCGGUCCACCCCCUCUGAGGCACCUGGUGGUGGCCGCUGUCGGCAGACAGGCUGCUGGGCUAGAUGGACCUUUGGUCUGAUUUUCUUAUGUUCAACAUGGAUUAAAAUCACCACACUAGACCCAUAAAAGCAAACCUGAAUGAAACCACACCACAGCUGACUAUAGGACCAGUAGUAUCAUGUUUAUUUAAUUUGCAUCCAGAGCCAGAUAAUUUAAGGCUAAUGGCAACAUGCCUUUGAUGCAAGCUUAGCUUUAAGAACUACUGCUAUAAGGGGAAUACACCCUCGCCCCCUCCCCCCCCGGAUCUAAAAUAGUCUGUGCCAAAGCAAGGUGUAAUGUGGGAUGCUGCAUCUCUCCUAACUGGCCUAAACACAGUCCGAGUUUUGAUAUGGUGGUAGAAAUGUCAGCCUCUAUUAAGUGGCUAGGCCAGGAAACAGCAGUAGUUGCCCAAUAAAUUAGGAAUUUUAAAUCAACAUGGAGAAUGCUGAUUUCAGAACACUUGCUUUUUUGCAACAUCUGUCAACAUCCUCUAACUCUCUAAUCCUAAGAGUCUUACCUUAAAUUGCACAUUCCAUAAACAGUGACAGCACAAAUAAAAUUCUGCUUCUGCCAAAUAUUUUGUUAUGCACCAAAAUACAUUUUCCCCCUUAAUAAAAGAGCCAAGAGUGUUUAAAAGACUGAUAAUCUAAUAAACUUUUUAAACAUAAGACAUGCUUGCUCCCUAAAAAUAAAAAUCA